GAAUGGAUUGGAUUGGAUGAUGACGACGACACUGACAUUGACAGUGACAUUGGCGUUGAGUGGGGACCUUGAAAAUUGUGGGGCUGCCCAGCCCAGGGCCAGGAGGAGUGUUUGUCUUUACUCACAGGUGUUAGGCUGCCCAUGUUUGUCGCCUGCAAGUUUUGCCAUUGAAAGGGAUAUAUAUACAUGUUUGUCCCUGUUCUAACAUCGAUCAUCAUAAUAAGUAUCCCAGAAAAACAAUAAAACUAUAUAAAUAAAUAAAUACAAGUUGAAAUUAGCAGCGAGCGAGCGAGGCUCUCCGAUCCUAUCCUCCAGGUGAUCCCAUCUCAGCACCAUUGUCCUGCGCAGGCGCCAAGAUGGUCAAACAGGCAUUCGCCGUGGAUCUCAACAAACCACUCGUCUGGCAGGUGGGCCAUCUUGGUGAAGCUUAUGAUGAAUGGGUUCACCAACCUAUCGUCACCAAAGAAUCCCCACGCUUCUUCCACAAUGGUGCUCUUGAGUUUCUGACUCGCACCCCUUGGUGGAUGAUUCCUCUGGUGUGGCUGCCCGUUGCUUGGUGGUUCGUUUCAUCUUCUUUGAACUACACAGAUAUUAUUUCUCCCUACCACGUCGCAGCAGCCACCGCCGCCGGUGUUCUUGGCUGGACAUUGCUCGAGUACUCUCUCCACAGAUUCGUCUUCCACAUGAGGACCAAUGGCUACUGGGGGAACACGGUGCAUUACCUCUUCCAUGGGUGCCACCACAAGCACCCAAUGGACAACCUCCGCCUGGUUUUCCCUCCGGCCGCCGCCACACUGGUGCUUGUGCCUGUGUGGAAUCUGAUGAAGCUGAUUUUGCCUGAUUGCUAUGCCCCUGCCUUCACCGGCGGCAUCUUGGUGGGGUAUGUCAUGUACGACUGCACUCAUUACUAUCUCCACCAUGGCAAGCCCAUUCAGGGCCUAACUCACGACCUCAAGAGAUACCACAUGAACCACCACUUCAAGCUUCAGGACAUGGGAUUUGGAAUCACUUCAACUUUCUGGGACAGGGUGUUCGGGACACUUCCUCCCACCAAGCCUGCCAAGAAAUCUAACUGAUUGAUGAUUGAUUAUAUAUUAAUUGAUUAAUUAGGGAUCGGAGGCCACAGCUUCUUUGAUGCACGGAAGACAGUUUUGUCAACAUUCACUGAUGAGAUAUGUCGUCGUCGUCGCUGUAGGUUUUGCUGUUGUUUUUAUCAAUAUGACUGACACAAAGAUCAACACACAAGGAAUUAUUGGUAUAGUUUUCUUAAUACAAGAUGGAUAUAUAUAUAUAUUCAUGAUU